AUGACAUCAAAUAUAAAUAAAAAUAAAGAAUUACUUAAUCGAUUAAUGAUAUUAGAAAAAUUUAUUGAACUUAAAUCAAAUGAAUGUGCUUAUUAUCGAAGUAAAGUUCAUCUUAUGCAAAUGAAUUCAUUUAAUUAUUCUCAAAUAAUUAGAAAAAAAUCAUCACUCAAACAAGAUUAUAAACAUAAUAAACGAUCUUCAAGUGAAGAUCUUAGUCAUAGUUCAAUAACAAGUCAAAAUCAUUCAACUAAUAUUGAUAAUAGAUAUCGAAGAAAUUCUGUACCAUUAUUGUUACAACAAAAAACAAAUUUAAAAAAAAAUUUAAAUAUUUCUCAUAUGAGUAAUACAUUAAUUCCAUUUGAUCAAUCUAUCAAAUCUAAACAUUUAACGCGGCGACAUCGUAAAAAAUUUCAUGAUAAAACUUAUGCAAAAAAUCAAAAUUAUUAUGAAGAUGUUAUUUCUCAUUCCAAUCAAAAACUAGUUAAUCCUAAUUCUUCUUUAUUAACAAAAGAUAAAAAUCUAAUCGAUCAAAUUCUCAUUUCAUAUAUAAAUAAACAAGUUCAACAAACUGUUUCUGCUCAUGCUAAAAAUAUUCAAUGUAAUGAUAAUGAUUUUCAUCCAAUAGAAUUAUCAUCAAAAUCUUCACCUAUUGUAUUAAUCAUUCGAUUACCAGAUCGUUUUAUAAAAAUACUUUUAGAAAAACAAAAAAAAAAUCUUAAAACACCAAAAUUAAAAGUUCAUAUAUCAUCUGAAUUACUUAAUAAAUUAUUUCAAUCAAAUCAUUUUAAUUCAAUAAUUCCACACAAAAAUCAAUUUACAAUUGAAUCACAAUAUGGUACAAUAGCAGCUUGUAUUCAUCAAGAUAAUUCAAAUGAUAUAGAAAAAUCUAAAAUUGUUCAUGUUAAAGCUGAAGUUAAAAAUCAUCACGAACAUCGAUUACCAAUUGUGAGACAUUUAGUACGAACGAGAAGUAAUGGUUCUGAAAGAAAAAAAAUUAUUGCCGAGAAAAAUCUCCAUACAAUCGCGCAAAAACAUCGAAUUUAUCGACGAAAAAAAAAAAAUUUACACAAAUCAUACAGUACAUCUCCUGAGGAAACUUAUUCGAGAAGAACUUCAUCGACUAAUGAGCCACAAUCAAUAGAAACACUACUAUCAUCAGAUCAAACGAGUAAUUCUAUUAGUGUUAAAAAUAAUCAAAUUAAGAAAAAUAAAAGAAAUUAA